CUUCUAACAGUGUAUGAGCUUAGGAGAUGUAAAUUUGUACCGUCUUUCCAGCGAGCCUAUGGUGAAUUUCAUGUUCGUUGACUGCAUUAGGAAUGGUGAACACGGGGCGAUAGAAGAACAGGCGGACCACCAACAAUUGCCAGGUCCUGUGGAUGCACCUGAGGAUGCUUCCAAGGAGAACAUUAGCCCCACUAAGGAAUCUGAUGAGGUUGAAGAUAAUGGGGAGGUACCACUGAAGUUCAGAAACUACCUUCCUCAUGAUGAGCGGCUCCGAGGUGGCAAGGUGGCACCGCUGUCUCUUCCCAAGUUUGAAGAUCCGAUCGCUGCUGAUGCUGCCGAGCCAAAGCAGCUCGAGAACCCCUUCGGGAACAUCGCCCCAAAGAACCCGAACUGGGACCUGAAACGUGACGUCCAGAAGAGGAUCGACAAGCUGGAGAAGCGCACCCAGAAAGCUCUGGCAGAGAUUGCAUUGGAACAGCAAAAGGAGAAAGAUGCGCUGGAGGAGGGGAGCGAUGGAGCUCAAGAGUGA